AUGAAUCGGUCCACAAAAGGAGCAUCGAAGGCUCGGAGGGACCAAAUCAACGCAGAGAUUCGGAACCUGAAGGAACUGUUGCCCAUCUCCGAUACGGACAAAGCUCGACUCUCCUACCUACACAUCAUGUCACUUGCCUGCAUGUACACAAGAAAGUCUGUAUUCUUCGCUCAAGACCUCUUAUUUUCGCUGCCAAAAACAGACGCUCUUCAAGACGAGACCAUGGAUUUCAUGUAUUUUCACGAGCUUUCGGGGUUGAUGCACGAAUUGUCAGGUUUCAUGCUACUCCUAACAAGCGACGGAAAAAUUCUGUAUCUAUCAGACAACGUCGCCGACAACCUCGGACAUUGUAUGGUGGACCUGGUUGCCCAGAGUGACAGUGUGUAUGAUAUCAUCCAUCCUAUGGACCACUUUAUCAUGAGGAGCAACAUUGCAGGUCUACCAAUAACCACUACUGAUACAGACAGGUUAUUUCGAUGUCGCUUCAAUACUACAAAGUUCAUCCAGCGGCAAGGUGCAAGGAACAAGUUGAUGCUGGUCAGAGCUCGCUGCCUCACCCCACCUUGCCCUGUCUCUAAUUACUGGACCUCCAACCCAGUAUGGGUGUGUUUCUGUACCCCUCUGAAGACAAAAAUGUCUAACCUCACAAUCGCCAAGAGUGCCCCCCUUAAACCACCCCCUGAGCACACCUCCCUGCUAGCUUGUUUCCACUCUCAACACCACAGGGACAUGAGGCUUUGGGACGCGCAGGACAGUGUGAGUGUGUACCUGGGCUAUGAUGUGGAGUCUCUACGCUCUCGCUCCUGGUACAGCCUGGUUCAUCCCAGGGAUCUCUCCCAUGCCUCUGAACAGCACCAUAUCCUAUUAAAUGAAGGAGGGGAGCGGCAGGUGGAGAUGGUAUUGCAGGUGGAAGCAGCAGACCACUCCUGGGUCUGGCUCUAUAUGGUCCUCCAGCUGAACAAUGGAGAACACCCCAUCAGCUGCCACAACUACAUCAUCAGUGAGUCAGAGGCGUGGUCAAUACGCCAGCAGCUGUGUUUGGAGCAGAACCAGUUCCCUGGGUAUUUGGGUUCUGGUGAGAGCCUGUCCAGUCCAGACCAGGUCUUCACCCCCAGCAGCAGUGGCCUGUCUGCCCACUCCUUAGACUUCAGCACUGCCACGUCUGGUGUGAGCGCUUGUGAGGAGCCCAUGCAGCCAGUUGGUUAUGGUCCUCAGUCCAGCCUGUCAUCUCUGGAUGAGGAGAACUUCCCCGAGACACAUGAAGGACAACACCAGUGGAAACCAAAGUCCAGCCAUCUCUCUGUUGGACCAACCACUGUGGACCCUCCUGCCUCACUGACUGACCCUGAGUCUGAUAUUCUGUCUCAGAGAAUAACCUCUCAAUCCCUAACCAAUAUUUCAGACCCCCUCCCCUCCUCCCUCACCAAGCCCCUUGCCCCUCUUACUAUGCCCCACCCUCAACAGAUGGGGGAGUUUGCAUGCACUCCCCCGUACACCCCUCAUCUUGUAAGUGGCGGUUUUCCUUUUGGGGAGCAACUGCAACUCAAUUUAGUUCACAUCAAUGCUGCUGUGUCAUGCCCAAUUAUUACCUCAGCACACAGAGCACCAGCCUUCUCCCAGGCUUUCUCCUCUGAUCAUCCUGAGCUGUUGUUCCCAGCAGAGCCCCAUAGAAAGCUGCCCCCCACCACCAAUAGUUUUGGGGGAGAUGAAUGCUCCAUCAUGGGCCUGCCACAGAUUAUGGGGCCCUUGUAUGUGGAUGUUCCCCACAGGCCCUUCCAUGGCCCUCUGAAUGAGCUCCUCCUUACCCCAGAGGCAUCACCCACACACCCGCCCUGCUCCUUCCUCUCCAUAGAUAGAGAGCAGGAGAGAGAGAAUGAGGACAUUUCUCUCUUGGCUAAAUAUAUUAGCUCUUUAGCUGAGGGAUUUUGCUGUGACCCGCUUCUCCCCAGAGUGACCCCAUCCACCUUGACUUCACCCGGCCUUCAGGCCACAUCCCAGAGUUCCUCUCCACCUUGUGGAGGUGAGUGCCAGCCAUGGAGGGGGCUAGACCCGCCCCUAAGCCGAGAGGAUAUCUCUCUGUAUGAGGAGAGUCUGUUACUCGAGAGCCUAAUUGAGGAGCUCUCAUCUUUCCCUUUGACCCGCUCUUCAUGUUCCUCUUCUCCCUCUUCCCCCUCAUCCUCCUCUUUUAACUCCUCCUCCUCUUGCUCGCCACUCACUUCAGUGAGCAGAUGUAACCCCAGCCUCAUCGAGGGUGAAUCUUCAAUCGGUGUAAGACAUUUCUGUAGCGUCCAAUCGACGCAGUGUAACUGCAUGGCAGUGGGUGGAGCUAUGAUGGUCAUCAGGGUGAUGGAUAUGGAGGUGUCAGAGGGGCCUCCAUCGUCGCUACCAUCAUCAGCCAUCGCUCUCACAGCCUUCCAGGAGUGUGCCUCUGCCUUGGUCCAUCCGGCCCCCACCAUUGGUUUGCCCCAUGCCCAGUCCCUUCUGGAGGAACUGGGGGCCAUGGAACCUCUGUUUGAUGCAGAUGCCUCUUCCACCCCGUGUUGGGGUAACAACCUGAGUUGUAUCAACUCCCACUCAACCAUGCAUUCACAAAGCUUUCACCAAGAUGGAAGCCUGCGUGACCCUACGUUUUAA